AUGGCACCAAGUAAGAAGGGGCCCCGCAAAGUUGUUGGGCCAAUGUCCGGAGCGCAUAUUGAGUCCACUAAUAGUUUGAACCCUGCACUACAGUCAAGCUCUCAAUCUUAUCAGACUUGCCCCAGUCAUUAUUCAAAGCCUCCAGCACAUAAAUUCAUUGGGGCAAUGCCUGGAAUACGCAUAGACCCUACAUCUAGCUCAAACUCUGUUUCUCGACCUAAUUGUCAAGCGAAAUCACAUGACUCCAAUUCAAAUUCAAACUCAGCUUCUAGGUUUAUUGCUGCUUCUCAGUUCAACUCUAAAGCCAAUUCACAUCAGUUGAACUCCAAGGCUGAUUCUCAACUAAAUUCCCAUCCUAAUUCACAUAUCGGUCAAGGCUUUCAUUCUCAACCACUAGUAGACCAUCGUGAGCAACCAGAUUCCUUUGAUAACAAUGAUUCUGAAGCUGGAUCAGGUUCUUCAUAUGAUUCAGAAGACAUAGAGGAUGUCUUUGAUGGUACUUUUGAUGAUGAUGAUUCUAGUGAAGAAGGAGACAAUAGUGGUAGAGGACUAGCCAGACGAAGUGCUGGUUGGGGUGGUGGAAAGAAAUUGGAGUUAGUUUGGAAUGCACGGGGCCAAGUAAUUGGUCCUAAUGCUACACAGUAUAUAAGUCAAGUAGGAAUCUUAGUAAAGGAUGGUAAUAAAUUACCACUCACGUACACAGAUUGGAGGGCCAUGCCUGAAGGAUCUAAGGAGAGAUUUUGGGAAGAUAUUAAGAGAAAUACAAAUAUUGAUGAUACAUGCAAGAAAGUACAAAUGAUAAGGGUCAGCAAAUUGUGGAGAAAUUGGAAAUCAAAAGUCAAGAGCAUGUAUUUCACUCCUUAUAGGAGGCACAGGUCAUGGCUAUUAGCACACUGUCCUGCAAGAGUUGAGGAGGAUCAAUGGCCUAUUUUGGUUGAUUAUUGGAGCUCAGAAGAUGUCAAGAAGCAAAGCAAGAUUAAUAGCAAUAAUCGAAAAAAAACAAAAGAUGCCACAUCGAACAGAGCGAAAAGAUCAUGUGAACCUCAGGGAAGAGCUUCGGAUUAAAACUGGAAAAGAGCCUUCGAAACUAGACGUUUUUAUUCAUUCAAGACAAGGAAAACAAAUGGAUGAGUUGACUUCACAAACAAUUGCAACUAUGAAUGAGGAAAUACAAAAA